GUUGCGCCUGUCAUCUCUUUCCCCUCCCAUUCUCGGGGUCAGUGCGGAGGCUGACUAGGCGCCAUGGCGGUUCUGCUGGAGACUACUUUGGGCGACGUCGUCAUCGACUUGUACACAGAGGAGCGGCCGCGAGCUUGCUUGAAUUUCCUGAAAUUGUGCAAAAUGAAAUAUUAUAAUUAUUGCCUUAUUCACAAUGUACAGAGGGAUUUUAUCAUACAAACCGGUGAUCCUACGGGUACUGGCCGUGGAGGAGAGUCUAUUUUUGGUCAACUGUAUGGAGAUCAGGCAAGCUUUUUUGAGGCAGAAAAGGUGCCAAGAAUUAAGCACAAGAAGAAAGGCACUGUGUCCAUGGUGAACAAUGGCAGUGAUCAACAUGGAUCUCAGUUUCUUAUUACUACAGGAGAAAAUCUAGAUUACCUUGAUGGUGUUCAUACAGUGUUUGGUGAAGUGACAGAAGGCAUGGACAUAAUUAAGAAAAUUAAUGAGACCUUUGUUGACAAGGAUUUUGUACCAUAUCAAGAUAUCAGGAUAAAUCAUACAGUGAUUUUAGAUGAUCCGUUUGAUGACCCUCCUGAUUUAUUAAUUCCUGAUCGAUCACCAGAACCCACAAGAGACCAAUUAGAUAGUGGUCGAAUAGGAGCAGAUGAAGAAAUUGAUGACUUCAAAGGAAGAUCAGCUGAAGAAGUAGAAGAAAUAAAGGCAGAAAAGGAGGCUAAAACCCAAGCUAUUCUUUUAGAGAUGGUGGGAGACCUACCAGAUGCAGAUAUUAAGCCACCAGAAAAUGUGCUGUUUGUGUGUAAAUUGAAUCCGGUGACUACAGAUGAGGAUUUGGAAAUAAUAUUCUCAAGAUUUGGCCCAAUAAGAAGUUGUGAAGUUAUCCGAGAUUGGAAAACAGGAGAGUCACUCUGCUAUGCUUUCAUUGAAUUUGAAAAGGAAGAAGAUUGUGAGAAAGCAUUCUUCAAAAUGGAUAAUGUACUUAUAGAUGACAGAAGAAUACACGUGGAUUUUAGCCAGUCUGUUGCAAAGGUUAAGUGGAAAGGAAAAGGUGGGAAAUACACAAAGAGUGAUUUCAAGGAGUAUGAAAAGGAGCAAGACAAAUCAUCUAAUUUGGUUCUGAAAGAUAAAGUAAAGCCGAAACAGGAUGCAAAAUAUGAUCUUAUAUUAGAUGAGCAGGCAGAAGAUUCAAAAUCAAGUCACUCACACACAAGUAAAAAACACAAGAAAAAAACACGACACUGCUCUGAAGAAAAGGAAGAUGAAGACUAUAUGCCAAUCAAAAAUACUAACCAGGAUAUCUACAGGGAAAUGGGAUUUGGUCACUAUGAAGAAGAAAGCUCUUGGGAGAAACAAAAAAGUGAAAAGAGAGACCGACCUGAAAACCGAAGUCGUAGCCGAUCUCGAGAAAGAGAUGGGCACUACAGUAAUAGUCACAAAUCCAGAUACCAAACUGAUGCUUAUGAAAGAGAAAGGAGUAAAAAGAGAGACCGAAGCAGAAGUCCAAAGAAGUCCAAAGACAAAUCCAAGUACAGAUAAAAGUUGAACUAGAAAUGAGUGGUUAACAUAUUUACUCCUGCCUAAUUUAGAGUACCAGCAGAGCAGAUUAGAUUUUGUGUCAGAGAAGUUAAAGACUCUAUUUGUUAUAUUUUUUUUUCAUACUAAGAUUUUGGCCCUUAUUUAAGAUUAAUACUGAUAAUAUAGGGCACUGAAUGAUAAAGAAUUGAACAUUUUCUGUGUAUUUUUUUUACACAUUAUUUACGUAAAUGGUAAUAUUCAUUUUCAGUGUCUUUCACAUUUAGACUCUUGUUUUUUAAAUGAAGCAUUUCUUACUGCAAGAAUGCAUAAAUCUGUAUAUGUAAGUUUUAAAGAAUAAUAAAUAUGAAUGUCGGUGUAUUAAUCAGCCAGCUUAAGAACCAGAACAAGUCCUAUAUUUCAGGAGCCCUGUAUAUGCCCUUUCUCCCACGUAAUUAUUAUUCUGUUUUGUCAUUCUCUUGCUUGUGGUCUUAUAGCUUUUGUAUGUAUCCUUAAAUGAAAUGUUAAUUUUGUAUGUUUUUGAAUUUUAUAUAAGUGGCAUAAUGUAUGUUUACUUCUGUGGCUUUCUUUUUUCAGUUUAAUAUUUUUAAGACUCAUUGA